AUUGGAAAAUAAAUUGACUUCCGCUUUUGUUCGACUAAUGUAUUAGACGUGUUGCAAAGUGUCAUCAGUUAUUGUUGUUAAAAAAAAAUUUUAAUACAUUAAAAUUAAAGUACAACAAAUUAAAAAAAUGUUAAAACGUUAAAUAUUAACUAUCUCUUAAAAAAUGAUGUAUUAUCACAUAAUCUUAAUUACAAUAUGCUUUUUAUUAAUUAACGUUCAUACCUAUAAAAUUCUAGGUAUAUUUCCAUUGGCAUUCAAAAGCCAUAAUAUUUUUUUUCAAUCAUUAAUGAAAAGUUUAGCAAAAAAGGGACAUCAAGUUGAUAUUAUAUCCUAUUACGAGGCAAAAAAUCCACCAGAAAAUUAUCAUGACAUUAUUAAUUUAUCAAAAUUACCAAAUUCAAGUUAUUUUUAUUCAAAAUCAAAAUUUACUUCCAUUCAAGAUGCAAUUGCAAACAGUCAAUCAUUUAUAAAUUUAUUGAAUGAUGUUUAUGGACUUCCAAUUUGUAAGAUAAUAUCACAUGAAAAAAUUCAAAAUUUUAUUCGUAAUUUACCAAAAAAUUCACCUUACGAUGCUGUAAUUACAGAAGGUUUAAGUGCACCUUGUUAUUAUGGUUUUGGAUUUUUACUAAAAGUACCAAUAAUAUCAGCCUCAUCGAAUUUUGAAUUUACACCACUAUCAAAACAAAUGGGAAAUCCAGCAUGUAUGUCAUUUAUGCCAACAGCUUUAUUACAAAAAUUAGAUCUUAAAAUAUUUUGGAAUCGAUUGAAGAAUACAAUUGCUAGUCAUCUUGGAGAAAUUUUUUUUUUUUUAGUCAGUGAAAAUCAAUCGGAAAUUAUGAGAAAAUAUUUAAAUCCAAAUAUUCCAUCAAUUAGAGAAGUUGAAAGAAAUGUGGCUUUGAGUUUAUUAAAUACCCAUCACUCAUUGAGAGGAGUUAAACCUGUAACUGGGGCUGUAAUCGAAAUUGCUGGAAUACACAUAGAAGAAGAUAAUUCUACAGUAACUUCAGAACUGAAACAAUGGAUGGAUGAAAGUGUUCAUGGAAUUGUUUACAUGUCAUUUGGAACUACAGUUACUGUUGAAAGUCUUCCAAGAGAAACAAUUUUAUCAAUUUUUUCCUCAUUUGCCAAACUUGCACCAAUGAGAAUUUUAAUUAAAGUAAUUAAUAGAAAUAAAUUGCCACCAAAAAUUCCUAAUAAUAUACUGACAAUGAAAUGGAUACCACAAAUACCUGUUCUAAAUCAUCGAAAUACGCGAUUAUUUAUUACACACGGCGGAAUACAUAGUAUUAUGGAAGCUCUUUAUUUUGGAGUUCCUGUCAUUGGAAUACCAUUAUUUUACGAUCAAAAUCCAAAUGUUCAUCUAUUGGUAACUAAAAAUAUGUGCACUGUAUUGGAUCACAAUGAAAUAACAGAAAAUAAUAUGGAUUUGGCACUUUCAAAAAUGUUAAACGAUACACGAGUAAGAGAAUCUGCGGAAUAUCAUUCAAAAUUAUUUCGAGAUCGACCAAUGAGCGCAAGAAAUGAAGCUGUCUAUUGGAUUGAAUAUAUUAUAAGAAAUGGAGCCGAAUCAUUAAGAUCACCUGCUGUAAAAAUGUAUUGGUGGGAAAUUGAACUUUUUGAUAUCUAUGGAUUUUUAUUCUUAUCGAUGAUAAUUAUAAUUUUCCUUAUUAUAAUCACAGUUAAAACCAUAUUAAAAUGGUGUAAAAUCAAUAAUAAAAUAUUCAUUCUAACUAAUGAUGGCUCAUCAAAAUAUCAUGUUAGAAAUGCAUGAAAAUUUCCUUCAAAAUUAAAAUUAAAAAGUGGUUAAAUUUUCCAAAUGUAAUCAAACUAUUUCUCUAAAAAUAAAUAAUUUUGAAACUU